UGCCGCUUCCCGUUAGCCCCGACAAAGCUGCACUAUCCGAGCGCUGACAUUGCGAAGAUGGAGGCUGUUGUGGUUUAGAGCAGGCUCCACGGAAAGCACAGCCAGCGAGUUCUCUGAAGCCUGUUAUGACAACGUGCCCAGCUGGUCCAGGUGGGAGGCAGGAGGCGUGAGCCAGGAGCACCAGACACCAGCAGCAGCAUGUACUCGGAGUGGCGCUCGCUGCAGUUGGUGGUACAGAGCGACCAGGGUCACCUCAGCGUCCUGCACGCCUACCCUCCCAGUGUGGGCACAGAGGUGGCAAAUGCGGUGGUCAGGCCCCUGGGCACAGCCGUGAGCCCCGUGGCCACCGAAAACAUCCUCAAGACGGACAAAGAGGUGAAGUGGACCAUGGAGGUGCUUUGCUACGGCCUGACCCUCCCCUUAGAGGGGGACACGGUCAAGCUGUGUGUGGACGUGUACACGGACUGGAUGAUGGCCCUGGUGUCGCCCAGGGACUCCAUGCCCCAGCCCGUGGUGAAGGAGCCCAACAUGUACGUCCAGACCAUCCUCCGGCAUCUCUACAACGUGUUUGUGCCAAGGCCUGAGCAGCACAGCCUGAACCACAUCAGGCUCUGCCAGCAGGUUCUGACUGCGGUCCAGAAGCUGGCGCGGGAGUCUGCGUCCAUGGUGAGGGAGACCUGGGAGGUGCUGCUGCUCUUCCUGCUGCGCAUCAACGACACCCUGCUUGCGCCGCCGUCGGUUGGCGUCGGCGUGGCCGAGAAGCUAGCAGACAAGCUGAUGGCGGUGCUGUUUGAGGUGUGGCUGCUCGCGUGCGCCCGCUGCUUUCCCACGCCGCCAUAUUGGAAGACCGCAAGGGAGAUGCUGUCCAAUUGGAGACAUCACCCUCCUGUGGUGGAGCAGUGGAGCAGAGUAGCCUGUGCUCUGACUUCAAGGCUGUUGCGGUUUACUCACGGACCGUCCUUCCCGCCGUUUAAAGUGUCCGAUGAAGAUGCCAACCUGAUUCCCGUGGAGAUGGACAACGACUGCGUGGCUCAGACGUGGUAUCGCUUCCUCCACAUGAUCGGCAACCCGGUGGACUUGAGCAACCCCGCCAUUGUCAGCACCACCCCCAAGUUUCAAGAGCAGUUUCUGAGCUCGAGCGGGAUCCCCCACGAAGUAGUGUUGCAUCCAUGUUUGAAGCAGCUACCCCAGAUCUUCUUCAGGGCCAUGAGGGGCAUCAGCUUCCUCGUGGAUGCAUUCCUAGGUGUCUCUGUUGCAAAGAAAGAUGUACGCGAGAGGGCGUUCUCUUUUUGCCCCGUGCUGCUCUCUCAUGGUAUAUCCCGUCCCCGGGCGGACAGUGCCCCGCCCACCCCGGUGAACAGAUUGAGCAUGUCCCCGCCCCCCUCCAUCGCCAACACCACGCCCCCACACAGCCGCAAGCAGCGGCACGCAGUCGUCACGAAAACCGCCAGCAAGAGCUCGACCAGCGGCAGCAGUCAACCAGCCAAAGCUUCCCAGCAGCAGCAGCAGCAGCAGCAGCCGUCUUCUUCCCCGACGCUGCUUUCCAGCCCCAACCAGAGCAGCUGGGAGGCGCGGCCCCUGCCGGCGCCGGCGCGGCCCAAGGUCAACAGCAUCCUCAACCUGUUCGGCCAGUGGCUCUUCGACGCCGCUCUGGUGCACUGCAAGCUCCACAGCGGCCUGAGCCGAGACCCCAGCAUGACGGCCUCUUUUAUCCAAAUUCUCCUUUCUUAUAAAUCUUCGAUAGCCACCCAGAUGGGUUUGGAGCUCAGAAGGAAGGGCUCCCAGAUGUCCACAGACUCCAUGGUGCCCAACCCUCUCUUCGACAUCAACGAGUUCCCCGAGAGCUACGAGGCAGGACGGGCCGAGGCCUGCGGCACACUCUGUCGCAUCUUUUGUAGCAAAAAAACCGGAGAGGAUAUUCUUCCUGUUUACCUGUCCAGGUUCUACAUGGUUCUGAUUCAGGGUCUCCAGAUCUCUGAUUUCAUCUGCAGACCCGUCUUGGCUUCUAUCAUUCUCAACUCCUCGUCUCUUUUCUGCACCGACCUGAAGGGCAUCAAUGUCGUUGUGCCCUAUUUCAUUGCUGCUCUGGAGACUAUUUUGCCAGACAGGGAGCUGUCCAAAUACAAGAUGUACGUGAACUCUACAGACUUGAGGAGAGCUUCCAUUAAUAUCCUUCUUGCCAUGCUGCCUCUGCCGCACCACUUUGGCAACAUUAAAUCUGAGGUUCUGUUGGAGGGCAAGUUCAACGAGGAAGACGGCUGGCCCCACGACCAGCCCGUGUCCUUCUUGUCUCUGAGGCUGCGUCUCGUUAAUGUCCUCAUCGGAGCUCUGCAGACCGAGACGGAUCCCACCAACACCCAACUAAUCCUCGGUGCAAUGCUAAAUAUCGUUCAAGACUCGGCGCUGUUGGAGGCCAUAGGAGCGCAGACCGAAACCGGCAGCGUAGAUGGAAGCCACGCCACGCUGAGAAGUCAGAGUCACAGUCGCACCAACAGCGGCAUCAGCUUCAACAGCGGCGGCAGCACGGAGGCCACCAGUCCAGACUGCGAGCGCCCCGCCCAGGCGCUGCUCCGAGACUAUGGUGAGACACGCAGCCAGCCGCCCCCCCCGCCGAUCGGCGAACUAACACGCCCCUUUCAUCAGCCAAUGCUCGUCGGGCCCGCAGCCGCAAACUAACUCGUCUGUUGUUUGUAGCCAACGUGGUUAAAGUGGUGUGCAGAGUUAAGAAGCGCUGGGUAAAAUGUCUUUGUAGGUGAUUCCUUUGUUUGCUGUGGUGCUGAUUUCUGAGUGUCUCUUUUUUCCACUAAAUGAGGGUCUGAAGUAAUUUGCUCUGAUUAAAAGGAUUCUGGAGAUGUAUUCUUUUCCCUCACAGGGCUGAGUGGUAAAUUUGACCUGAUAAAUGAACGUGAUGUAAUUACAAACUUUAGACAUUAACUGCUUUAUUUAACAGGGACUGAUGACAAAUUUACUCGCAUUGCUCAGUCCUGUGUCUCUGUGCGUUGUUUCAUCCCUUCACCGGUGUACGCCUGUACUGAAUGCCGUGCCGUUUUCAGUUGUUGCGGGUGCAUGAUGGUACUAAAUGAGCACCCAGACUGUUUGUGCUUUCUAACACUCCAGCUGUGUGGCUUUAACCCUGCAUUGUCCUUUUUCGCGGUGUUUGGUAUUUCGGGGUGUUAUAUGGUCUAGCUCUUACAGAUACGG